CUCCAUGAGGAACUGAAGCAAGUUUUAAGGAUUAAGAAGGAACGAGACAGCCAGUCACACCUGCCCUGGGGAGACAACAUGUUAUCUGCGGGUGAAGUGGAAGUGACGCAGGAGAAGAGGAAGUCGGAUCUGGUGGAGCUGAUUGUGGAGACGGAGGCUCAGGCAGGAGCCACUGGGUUCAGCGUUGCUGGCGGAGGGAAAGAGGGAGUCUUUGUCAAGGAGGUGCUAAAAGAUUCCCGAGCAGCCAAAGCUUUCAGCCUCCAGGAAGGAGAUCAGCUCCUCAGCGCCAGGAUCUACUUUGACAACACGGGCUACGAGGACGUGCUGAAGAUCUUGCAAUGCGUGGAGCCGUACAAAGUGGCUUACUGCCUCAAACGCACCGUGUCCAGCAGCGAGGCUAAGCUUCCCCCAGGCCUGGCCGGCCUGGACCUCAAGGCACCUGAACCCAAGAUAGCCAAAUUGAGCAUCAAAAGCGUUACUCCGGUCAAAAAGAGUCAGAAGAAGGAGAAGAAGGUGGUGGGAGCGGGCGGGGACAUCGCUGGCGAGACUGAGAUCCCGGUGGACGUGGAGUUUGCGAUCCCCAAAUUCUCCAAGUUCAAGAAAUUAAAGAUCACGUCCCCCAAUGAGCAGUUGGUGGCGGACCCCAAAGGCAAGCGAACGGAUGGCGAGGAACAGGCCAAAGAUAAGAAGAAGAAGCUACAAUUACCAGGCGUCCGGCAGAGAGAGGUGUCCAAGGUGAUUGUGGACGUCACAAUGGAGUCUCAGAAGGCGGUGGGAGAUGUUAAGGUGACUCUGCCCCAGCUCAAGGCCACGGGAGACUUGCCUGAAGCUGAUUUGAAGACCAAGGUCAAGAUGCCUUCUCUCAGUAUGUUCCUCCCGAAGAAAAAGAGCGAGGACCUUCUGCAGACAGAGGUCCGUGGGGAAGUUGAGAGACCCGAGGGAGGGUUGAAGGCCGGGCUUGCGGAGAUCAGCAAGGUUGAGAUCGAUCUGGGUCUGUCGAAGGAAAAGGGAGAUGGCAAAGCGGCUGAAAUUGGUGCCAAAGGACCAGAGGGAAUUGCCAAAGGGCAUGGCUUCAAGCUGAAAAUGCCCUCCUUCAGAAUGACCUCCAAAGGGCCAGAGACGGUAGAAUCCAAAGGGGUCAAAGUAGUUGGCGGAACCCCACAGGGGGGAGAGGAAGCCGAGCUCAAGAUGCCCAAGAUGAAGCUUCCCGCUGUGGAUAUCUCCGUCCCGAAGAUGAAGGAGACGGAAGGGGACAUGGCGGUCAUGGGGCCCAAGGCAACAGUUGGCGAUGAGUUGGACGGUCUUGGAGGAAAGGUCAAAGAUUUUGGGCUUAAAAUGCCAACCAUUGACAUCUUGACUCCCAAGGUCAGUGUUCCUGAUGUGGACUUUAGUCUUCCCAAGGUCAAGGCAGAUGAUGCUGGUCCCAUCGUUGAGGACGAAGGGGUUGAGGCCAAGAUAAAAAUACCAACGGUAUCACUCCCAACGUUUGGCAUCUCGAGUAAAAGCAAAGAGCAGAAGAGGCGGGAGUUGGGGAAAUCGGUGAAAGGACCCAAGACAAAGAUGCCAUCCUUUGAGAUCGCUCUGCCCAAAACAAAAGCGGGAGAGGCAAAGGACGUCAAAGUCGCUCACUUAGAUGUAGAGACGACCAAAGUCAAGAUGGAUAAUAAAGUCCCGAAAAUAUCUGAGGCAAAGGUGAAGCUCUCUGCGGGCAAAACAUCAUCGAUGGACAUCUCGGUCCCAAAGGUCCCAGAUGUUGGCAUCAGCCUCCCAAAGGUCAUCGGAGAUUUGUUGGGGUCUGGUGUUGAGAGCGACGUCAAGGGUGCACCCGAAGUUCAGGGGUCUCCCGAUCUGCAGUUCAAAAUACCCAAAUUAUCGCUCCCCAAAUUUGGGGUUUCGGCCAAGAGCAAGGAGGCAGAUUUGGUGGCAGAGGCGGAGGUGGGUCUGAAAGGUCCCCUCGUGAAACUGCCCAAAUUUGAGAUCUCUCUGCCCAAAAUGAAGCACGGGGAUGGAGAGGCGGACCUUCUAGAAGGUUCAGAGACAAAUGGUGUUGGCGUGGACAUAAAAGGUAAAUUGGCGUCGAUUAAAAUGCCAACCAUUGACAUUGCCUCGCCCAGAGUGAAAGUGCCCGACGUGACCCUUCCAAAAGUAGGGUUGGACACGUCUGAAGGAGCUGUCAAAGCUACUGGUGUCAAGGUUCAAGCCCUCAAGAUGGCUGACGUCAGCAAAAAGUCAGAGGUUACCACCGAUGGAUCCGAACUCAAAGUGAAGAUGCCUCAAGUCUCUCUCCCGACAUUCGGCAUUUCGAGCAAGAGCAAGGAGUCAGAGGCUGAAGGCCUCGUGAGGAUGGAGGGGAAAGGACCAGAAUUGGACGGUCAAAAAACCCAAGGGAUUAAGCUGGAAAUCUCCCUCCCUAAAGUGCUGAUGGUUGAGGUAGAACCGGAAAUGGAGGUUGUCACGAAGAUGAUUAAAAAGGAUAUUGUGGUCAAGGUUUCAAAGGAGAGCAUCAAGGUCAAAGGACCCGAGAUGGGGUUUGAAGAUCAAGAAGGAAAGGGGGUGUUGCCUUCGAUAAAAAUGCCCACUCUUGGCAUUUCCGCUCCGCAAGUAAAAGUCCCAGAUGUUGAUUUGGCGUUUCCUUCAGGAAAGGCUGACGUCUUGGCCCAACAGGAACUUGGGAUCCAACGUGAUGGGUUUCCAACUGAGGCUCUUGACUUCAAGCUGAAAUUGCCUAAGGUCUCAUUGCCAGAACUUAGGGUACAAAGCAAGGAGGUGGGGCUUGGCGGCGAGGUGAAGGGAGCUGAAGCCUUGACGGUGUCCUCUCCAGAACGCAAAGGCAAAGUUGAGAUCAAAGGGACGUCAACGGUUGUCGAUGAUGAUGACGACGGGAAAUUGCGCGGAAAGGAAGGUCGUUUCAAGAUGCCCAAGUUCAAAAUGCCCACCUUCGGGACCCCCAAGAAAGGUGGGGAGGGCGAGGACGUACCCGAGACCACCUCAAAGGGAAAGGCAGGAGAUGUCGAGGUGGAAGGGAAGGGGAGCCCAGAAGGAAGAACCAAGUCUUCGUUCUUAAAACUUUCCAAGUUCGGGAUUUCCUCAUUCAAGGGCAAGACACAGGAAAGCGAGGGGUCUUCGGGGGGAGAGGGGGAAAAGGGGAAAAGCCCAGAAGUCAAGGUCAAAGCCCCCAAAGUGGACAGCGGGGGGGCUCGAGGUCUCGACUUGAGCAUCGACGGACCUGAUGUCACAGUCAAGCUGCCCAAGUUCUCCAUGCCUAAGUUCGGGAUUUCGGGGGGGAAAGGGGGUCAGGGGGAAGAGGAAUUGGAGGCAGACAUCAAGGCCAAAGCCAAGGCCAAGGGGAAGGACAAGGCCGGCUCGGAGACGGAGCAGGAAGGUCCCGGAGGCAAGCUGAAGAUGCCGAAGAUCAAAGUGCCCUCCUUCGAGAUUUCCGUCCCACAGCCGAAGAAAACAGGGGGAGAGGGAACGUUGCCGAAGGCAGAGGUCGACGUGACGGAAGCCGACCUCAAGGCCUACGGAGGGGAACUGAAGAUCCCCAAAGUCAAAGGGGAAACGGUUGGAGCAGAAGCGUCAGAGGGACAUGCAAGGUUCCCCUCCGUCAAGUUGCCCAGCAUCGAUAUCUCGGCCCCCAGAGUGGAUCUGGGUCUCUCCUUGCCCCAGAUGGCGGGUGACGGGGGCGAGACUGCUACCCCCCUGUGCCAACCAGAUGAGGACUCCGCUUUUAAGCUCAAGAUGCCCAAGUUUGCGAUGCCAAAGGUAGCACUGUCCGGCUCGAAAGGGAACGAAAUAGAGGCCACCGCGUCUGACUUGAGUCACCAGGGACCUGAAGGCUUGAUAUCCAAAUUGGCCAAAAUCGAUAUCUCCCUCCCCAAAGUGAAGCUGUCAGACGCUGACGUCCGGUUGCUUGAAGGAGAGACGGAGACAUCGCAAGGGGACAAGGAAGGGACAUUCCAAGUGCUCGGUGUCUCACUGCCUAAAUUCCCCUCCCUGAAACCCAAAGGGUUAGAGCUCGAUUUUGACAUCAGUUCCCCCAAAGGGAAGAGCGAAGCCAUGACUGGCAGCGAAGGCAAAAUGGUCGAGGGACAGGAGUUCAAGCUGAAGAUGCCUAAGGUGACGUUGCCUUCGUUCGGAUUGCCCUCGGCCCAGGCGGAGAUGGAGAUGAGUCCACCCCAGGACGACAAGUCCACACUGAGAGGCAAAGCCGAGAAGAGCAAGGCUGAUGGGAGCCCGGAGGUGAAGAGCAAAGGGGAGAAGAUCAAAAUGCCAAGUUUUCGGAUCGGGCUUCCCAAGAGCGGAGACGAGCCCGCGGGUAAAGUGGAGGUCGGACCCAAGGCCUCAAAGGUGGGACCGAAGGGGGAGUCGGAUGAGCGACAAUCCGAGUCGGAUGAGGAAGGGAGAAGAAUGAAGAUUAAGCUGCCCAAGUUUGGACUUUCUCUGAAAGGCGUCGAAGGGGAUGUGGGUGGUGGUGAGUCACCGAAGCUUGACCCGGAAAGUGCGGAUGACAAAUCGAAGGCCUCAAAGGUCUCGGUAUUUGGUAUUUCCUUAGGGAAGAGCAAAAAGCCUGAGGUUGACAUAGAUUUGGCCAAGUUGGAUGUGGGAGAUCCCGAUGGGAAGCUCAGGGGUAAAUCCGAGAACAAGGGAGAGACGUUCAAGAUAAAAACACCUUUCAUUGGCCUAUCGACCCCCAAAAUGGUGGAGAUUGGCGUCGGGUUGGUGAAAGGCAAAGCAGACACUUCCGUGGGCGGUACGAAGGGUACAGAUGAGGAGGUUGAGGAGGGGUCGGAGUUUCGCCUUAAGAUGCCCAAGUUCGCCAUCCCAGAGAUUGGCAUCUCCAUGCCUAGCAGAGGAGAGGGCGACGCCAAUGCCAAGCUCGGUGACCACCCGGAAGCGAAGACGGGGUCACCAGGCAAAGCAUCCAGGGCAGAGGUCAGAAGGUCAAAGGUGGAUGCUGACCUCGAAGGAUCAGGAGGGGGAGGGGAGGCGGACGGCAAACUGAAGAUGCCGAAGGUCAAGUUGCCCAAAGUCGAAAUGGUCCUGACCAAAGAGUCGGGGACGAGGGAAGAUGGCAAAAACAAAAUGGACGCCGGGGGAGACGACAGAGAGAGCGAAGGAAAGGUAUUCCUCAAAAUGCCCCAGUUAGAGAUCUCAGCCCCAAAGAUUGGGGAAGACUUGGGUCUUGAUUGCACAGAGGGCCAGGGAGAUGUCUGGGAAGCCGACACUCAUCCGGGGGGCAAGUCGACGAUCCUCAACAUCGCGAUGACCUCGUUGGGUUUCUCUGACUCCAAGGAGAAGCGCUUGUCUGCGGAGAUGGCAGCUAUGUCUGUGGCCAGGCCAAAGGACCGUCAAGUGGAGGUGAGGAGAGCGCAGGUCGAAAGUGUUGGGUCUUCCGAAGACAAGAUGAAAUCAGCCAAAGUCAAACUACCCAAAUUCGGCAUCGAGUUGCCAAAGGUCAGCUUGCAGGAGGACCCGGGUUCGACCAAACCCCAACAGGACGUGACUGUCUCCGGCUCUCAAGACGUCAGCAAGCGGUGGAGUGCCAGAGGGGGCCAGAGAGACGGAGGGGACAAGGGAAUUGACGUCAGUUACAAAGCACUCAAGGCUUCCGGAGCGUCCGAAGGUGAAGCACGUCUCAAAGGGGACAAGGCCAAAAAGUCCUUGUUCGGUAUUUCCUCGCCCAAGGUCAAAGUCUUGGACUCUGAGAGCAAAGCAGGUGAAGUCAGCACGGACACUCCUUCACCCAAAGGCAAGUCAAAGUCAACCGGCAAGUCUGCAGCGGGGAAGGGAGGGGUGGUGAGGACGGAAAGUCCAGAGGCCAAGGCCAAACAGGGCUCACCCAAGAUCAGGAUGCCCAAUUUUAGGAUCAGUUGGUCGAAGGGUAGAGGCGGCGAUUUGAACGGGGAGGAGCAGGCCGAGGGAGACGCCAGAGUUCACGCAAAAGGCACAGACGUCAAAGGGACCGACGAGGAGAAAGCCAAGUCCAAACUCAAGCUGAAGAUGCCGUGGGUCAGUCUGGGGAACGGUGAGGGUGGGGAGGAUGGCGAUGGCACGGACGGGGAAGGCGAGGGCGGGCAGACCUCCUGCAGGGGUGAAGAGGGGGGUAAGGCGGUCCUGGGCAAGCUGAGGCUCCCCAAAUUGGAGCUCACGUCACCCGCUUUCCCCGCGGGAAAAGAUGGCGGGCGCAGAGGUGGUGAGGACACGGAGAUCAACCUCCAGCUGGUCCAAACCGAGCCGAGCGUCUCCAAGGGCGAGGGGGAAAAGAGGGCAGGUUCAUCAUCUCCUCGAGUCAAUGGGGAAGAAGCCAAAGGGAAAGGGUUGAAGGGCAAGUCACCAAAAUUGGGGUUCCAGGGGUUCAAGAAGAAAGGAGGUGCAGAGGGUGGCGAGGCCUCGAAACUGGUCAUGUCCGGUGCCAGGACUGAGCUAGCGUCACUGGAGUCCGGGAGCGGGGUCGGACACAGCAGAUCCACCUGGUCCUUCAGCACCGGGAAGUCCAAAGGGACGUACUCGGUGGAGGUGGCUUCCAAACAUCUCACCGCAUCCGCCGGGGAUCCCAGGUCCAAGGAGGGUGAGGACGGACAAGCCGGCGAGGGCGAUGAGGGCAAAGACAAGUCCGGCAAGUUCCGUUUCCCCAAACUCUCGCUGGGACCCAAAUCUAAAGGCGCCCUGGAGAUCUCGGCCGAAGACCGGAACAACCUCCAGCGAGGAGGGGAAGACCUGGUGGAGUUCGAGGGCUCUCCCUCCAGGCACUUUAAGUUCCAGAUGCCCAAGAUCGGCUUCACCACAGCCUACCACGAAGAGCGCACUUCGGAAGAGAGGAUCAUCGAGGAGGAAAGGCCCAGACGUUCUUCGAAGAGCUCGAAGCAGCUCAAGUCGGAGCCUCUGACGGAGAAAUCCACCACAAUGUAGCCCCCGAGUUGGACAAUAGCCGUCGCUUGUACAGAUCUGCCUUCCUACGGCCUGUGUUCUCCUCAGAAUAAGACCUUAGAUGGAUGGAUGGAUGGAUGGAUGGAUGGAUUGAUGGCACCAUUAACACCCCUC